GGUUGAACCGGCUAAACCGGAUCAGAUCCGAAAACCCUAAUUCGGAACGCGGAAGCCGCCGAGUUAACCCGAGUCAACACGGUAGUUGACUCAACCCCGAAGACAACUCAGUCGUGACUCGAACGAGUCACGGCCAAGACUCUCCGGAAACCACCGGUUUUCACCGGUUUCUCCCCCCCAGAACCCUAGAUCUAACCAAAUUGAGCGAACUCACCUCCUUGGACUCUGUACUCGACUGAGUAACUCAGUCCGAGACAGAUCCGGAAAACCUACCUUUCUUCGCCGCCGAUCUGAGCUUCUCCCACCGGUGCAGACCGCCGAUCUCACACGGGAUGGUUCUUUCGACUUAGUUUCAGACGCCUGAAACACCUCGCACACCGAUCAGAAAGUUCAGAUCCAGAAAAAAAAACGUAGCAGAUCUUACCUCGGCUUCGAAUCGCCGAUGAAACCACCAGAACUCGCCUCAACCAGGCUCUUGAUACCACUUGUAGAGUAUUUGCCCGACGAACACCUCACCGUAACCACUCCGACGCUCAAGAACGAGAGAGAACGACACAGCGGAAUAACGAGUUCAGCACCGAGAGAACUCGGUGCCUACGUCUCGGGAAGAGGAUCAGCAGUCUACUAGGGUUACAAACGGAGAGAGACCACCGGAUACCGACCACCGGCACCGGAGAACACGAAUCGCAGAUUCGUCGAGAGAGAGAGAGAAGAGAAAGUUCCAGAAAACGAAAAACACCGUCUGAGCCAAAAAACACAAACCCUAGGGCACAUUAAUCCGCCCUUACACAAAGACCGAAAUACCCUCCGUAAGCCUCUGAGAGAAUCCGAGGCUUUCAAACCCUCCGCUUCGUCUGGAGGCUUUUGCUGAAGACAAGCUCCAACAGGUUGAUUCGUCUUCACGAAGGGUAUUUCAGGGUCUCUGGAUAGAGAGAGAUCUGUGCUGCUGCGGCGGAGAGCGAUGGCGCCGGCGGUGAAGCUUCCCGGCGCUGGCGGCGCAGACAACGACGAACUCCGGCGGCUUCUGGAGGCCGACAUGGAUGACGCGGCGGCGCGGCGGCUCGCACGCGAGGCCAUGAAGGAUACCCAGCUAAGCCUGGACCACAUCCUCUUCAAGGCAUCUGCAGAUGGAAUUAAGACAAAGGAGUCUUUUCAGGUGAAUUCCCGAGGAGUCGAAAUCUUCUCCAAGAGCUGGAUUCCAGAAUCUUCUCCUCUGAGGGCACUCGUCUGUUUCUGCCAUGGCUAUGGAGACACCUGCACCUUUUUCUUCGAAGGGAUUGCAAGGAAAUUGGCUUUGUCGGGAUAUGCAGUUUUCGCAAUGGAUUACCCGGGAUUUGGCCUUUCAGAAGGUUUGCACGGAUAUAUCCCGAGCUUUGAUGUCCUCGUCGAAGAUGUCACCGAGCAUUACUCCAUUGUAAAAGGGGAACCCGAGUUCAGUUCUCUUCCGAGCUUUCUCUUCGGACAGUCGAUGGGUGGAGCCGUCGCUCUGAAAAUACAUUUCAAACAACCAAACUCGUGGAGUGGUGCCGUUUUAGUGGCUCCUAUGUGCAAAAUUGCAGAUGACAUGGUUCCACCCCGGCUGUUAAAGCAGAUCUUGAUCGGUCUGGCCAAUGUUUUACCCAAACAGAAGUUGGUUCCGCAAAAAGACUUAGCAGAAGCUGCCUUCCGGGACACAAGAAAGAGGAGGCUGACGCCGUACAAUGUCAUCUGUUACAAGGAUAAGCCGCGGCUUAGGACAGCAUUGGAGUUGCUCCAUACCACUCAAGAGAUUGAACAAGAUUUGGAAAAGGUGUCUCUGCCGAUUUUGGUUCUACAUGGAGAGGCAGAUACGGUGACAGACCCAUCAGUGAGCAGAGCACUGUACGAGAAAGCGAGCAGUCGGGACAAAAGGAUCAUUCUGUACAAGGAUGCUUUCCAUUCUCUCCUCGAAGGCGAGCCUGACGACAUGAUCCUCCGUGUCCUGUCCGACAUUCUCGCUUGGCUCCAUCAUCGUUCCUCCACCCAUCUGAGAAAUCCAUAGACUUCUUCCAUUGUUACAUUUUUUUUUCAUUCUUCUUUGUUUUCUUACUCGUCCAUAACUAAGAAUGUGGGGAUCCACUGAUCCAUUUCAACUCUGUUUCUCAAUUCUACAGAAAGCUUACGCUGCCGGUUUCUUUCUAAUA